AUGAAUGAUCUUGGCAUCUUCGGCAAAGGCAGCACACGGUAUAAUACAGAUAAGACGCCUUCACGCGGCAACUUAGGGUUCGCCAGCAGCACUGAGAGAAUCGUAGAUGCUGACGAUCAGUCAAGUGACGAAAGGUUAUUGUUUGAUGAAGGACUUGAAAGUCAAACGAUUUCGCUGUUCCACUCAGUUUUGCCGAGACUCGAUGGCUAUCCUUGCUGUGACAAAUUCCGUUGUCCUGUGGUGGCAAAUGAUCACAUUUGCUAUUGCCUGGCGAUGGACGUCCCAAAACUGAUAUUGCUUCCAUAUAACGAUGUUACGAUUGAAAGAUGGAACUUGAUCGAUAAAAAGGUGACAAAAGGUUGUUGUUUGAUGAAGGACUUGAAAGUCAAACGAUUUCGCUGUUCCACUCAGUUUUGCCGAGACUCGAUGGCUAUCCUUGCUGUGACACAUUCCCUUGUCCUGUGGUGGCAAAUGAUUACAUUUGCUGUUACUUGGCGAUGGAUGUCCCAAAACUGA